CACAUCUUCUAAUAUUUAACUUUGUUGAAGUCAUGCUAUAUAUCAAAUGUGCCAUUGUCGUUAGUUGAAAACAAAACCAAAAAAUAAUCAUAUAAAUGUCGCCGACCAGUAGUGAAUUUUCACAAAUAUUUUCUUAACCUCCUCGUAUACACUCAUAGCAUGUAUUUAAUAUCUAUCACACUUAAGACGUUGGUUUUCUCCACAACCCCACUUUUACGUCUCUUCCCUCUCUCCGUCCCAAAUAACCGCCAAUAAACAAUGCUCCGACUAAGCAACGCCGCCGUAAUAACAACCAAUGCAAUCCUCGCAUUGAUCGGCCUCGCCGCUCUAUCUUUCUCCGUCUACGUCUACGUUCAAGGCCCUUCACAGUGUCAACGCUUCGUUCAAAACCCUCUCAUCGUAACCGCGAUCCUCCUCUUCUUCAUCUCUUCCUUAGGCCUUAUCGCUGCUCUCUACGGAAGCCACAUCAUCAUCACUCUCUACCUCUUCUUCCUUUUCCUCUCCAUUCUUCUCCUUCUUGUCCUCUCCGUCUUUAUCUUCCUCGUCACGAAUCCCACCGCCGGAAAAGCGUUUUCCGGCAAAGGAAUAGGCAAUGUUAAGACCGGAGAUCUCCAGAACUGGAUCGGGAACCAUUUCCUUCGUGGGAAGAACUGGGAAGGGAUCACCAAAUGUUUGUCUGAUUCUAGGGUUUGUAAAAGGUUUGGUCCACGUGACGUUGACUUUGACUCCAAACAUCUCUCUAAUGUACAGUUUGGUUGCUGUCGACCUCCCGUAGAAUGUGGGUUCGAAUCAAAGAAUGCCACGUGGUGGGCAGUUCCAGCGACAGCGACUACGGCGAUCACAGGGGAUUGUAAGACAUGGAGUAACACGCAGAGCCAGUUAUGUUACGGGUGCGAGUCGUGUAAGAUUGGAGUUUUAAAAGGGAUAAGAAAAAGAUGGAGGAUACUUCUUGUCGUCAAUCUCCUUCUUAUCCUUCUCGUCGUGUUUCUUUACUCAUGUGGCUGUUGUGUGAGAAAGAACAAUCGUGUUCCAUGGAAGCGCCGGUUCUUUUAAAAACUCCUUCCAUUUCGUUUCCAAAUUAAUUAAUUAAUUCUUCCUAAUUGUUUAUGUUUUUGAAAUAUUUAGUUGAUGUUUGAUGUUUCUUUUAGUGAAGUUGUCCUCAGGUCAUGAAAAUUGGUUUGCAAAUGCAUGGGUUUGGUUAUAUUAAUGUGUGAAUGCAUUGAUGGAAAAGAACCUUCAAAAAUAUAUAUGACAUUUGCAAAAUAGACAAAGACUAUACGAAAAUAUUCUAAGAACAAUUAAUGUUUUCUUUUUAUUUUUUUGGUAGGAAAUUAAUGGUUUAUUGUUUGGUCACAUAUGUGGAUGAGAAAAAUGAGAAAAAGAGAGCUACAUUAAUGUUUUAACACUAAAAGCUGCUUGUGAAGGAGGGAGGAAACACUUAGAGCAAACACAUUGUUUGAAGAUACAUUGUGCGAUUAUACAGUCCGGACAAAUCUGGUGGCAAGUGUUCUCGUCGGUGCAAGGCCCUCCACGUUGUUUUUUGGCAUCUCUCACUUCUUGACUAACUCUCGUUCUUCUUUCCGAUGCUUUAGCUACCCACAAACCUAGGACAUUUAUUCAUCUUAACAUUUAUCAAUAUUGUUUAAGGGUAUACGAUAAAUCGACUAGAAGUCUAUAACAACAUUGUAAUACUAGAAUCACGAGGGUUUAAAAGUUAUAAAACACACACACAUACAGAUGAAAAUGUGAUGUAUUUAUAAGUUGACAAAUGGACUCACAUG